CUGCUUUCAGCACACUGCGCACAUAGCGCAGACAGUGCGCGCAUCUGUGCCCGCAGUGUGCAGAAUGUUCGUAGCAGCCGUUGGUGAAUGCCUGAUCUGUGUACGUCGGACGUAAGCGGCACGGCAGCAUUUUGGUACCGAGCGGAGAGGAGCUGCACACGGCACUCGAGUGAGGUACGACUGUUUUUUCCCUCCCCGCCCCAGGCGACUGCGACUACAACUCUGGCAACAAUGCGGGUCCAUGUGCACACAAAGUUUUGUUUCCUGUGUGUGCUCACCUUCCUCUUCCAUCAGUGCACCCACUGCCACGAAGAAGGGCGCCAUCAGCACAGUGGGCACCACCAUACUGACCACGGUCAGGCCAACAGUGACAUUCAGAUUUCUGAGGCUCCAUACAUGAGAGGAGCCACUCUACUCCCAGACUCCAGGAGUUCCCAAGGAGACAUGCUUGAAGAGCAGCAUUUUUAUAUCCGACAACUCUUCAAGCGCUAUGGCCAAAAGGACCGGCUGGAUUUCCAAGGAUUUCAGAAUCUUCUGUUUAGCUUGGGUCUUGGUGAGGUGAAGGUGGUAGGCCUGGAUCACAAGCAUUUUGGCCAUGAUCAUGUAGCCCAUCUUGACCUGCUGGAUAUGCAGGAGGGCCUUCAUUCACAUUCAUCUACUAAUGAAAACCAGAGCUAUGAGCAUAGACAUAAACAUAGCCAUCCACGCCACAUGAACAAUGCCCACCAUCCUCACACAGAUCAAGUUUCUACAAACUGCAACAAGCAAACUACUGAUGCCAGUCCAACUGCUUUUUCACUUCCAGAACAUGAACACAAUUAUAAUUAUGAUUCUCAUGACCCAAAUCACAAGCGUGAUGCAGACCAUGAUUAUGAUGCCACUAAGGACAGUGACUCAUGGGCUCAUGGACAUGGCAAAGAGCACACGCAUGAGUAUCCCAAAGACCAUCCUACUCAGUCUUAUCACGGCCAUGAUCACAGUGGUCGUGAAUACAAACACCACGGUCAUCUCCAUCAUAUGCAGAUGAGCACAGAUGUUCCUGGCAGCUCUCGGGAACAACUGGACUCUGGCCACAUACAACCAUCCCUCGACCUUGGGGAGCAGCAUACAGAGGGUGCAGCUGCUCCAGUCCCAGCUGCUACUACCAUCAAGCCCCCUCCCGUCCCUACAGAUAUUAAACCCAAAAAGCUGAGAAAGCCGACAAAGGUCAGGGGGCACCGAGGCCGAAACAAAACUACCUCUAGUCUCACACCAUCAUCUGACCACAAUGACCAUGAACACACUCAUGAUCAUGAAAACAAACAUGGCGACAGCCAUUCCCAGAAGCAAAAGAGAGAAGCACCAGUCGGACCAGCCACACCCACGCUGUCGCCAGCACUUUCUUCGUCUGGGCACCCAGAUGGCGUCUAUCACCAGCAUGAAGAGUGUUUGAACCUGACACAGCUCCUCACCGACUAUGGCCUGAACCCCGAAUCUGUCAUCUCGCCCAGCCAGUUCACCUAUCUAUGUCCAGCCCUGCUCUACCAGAUAGAUAGCCGUGUCUGCAUCCUCCAUUACCACCAGAUGGAUGUGGAACAGGAAGCCUUGGAGCCUGUCAGCUCUGUGUGGGUGUGGGUCUGGGGUUUCGUGUCCAUCUCCAUCAUCAGCCUGCUGUCUCUGCUGGGUGUUGUGCUCGUGCCCAUUCUCAACCAGUCCUGCUUCAAGUUCCUGCUCACCUUCUUGGUGGCCUUAGCAGUGGGCACGCUCAGUGGAGACGCUCUCCUCCACCUGCUGCCGCAUUCUCAGGGGCAGCAUAACCAUGACCAUGACCACGACCACAACCUGGCUGAGAUGAGCCACGACACAGAUUUGGUAACAGAUUUUGAUGGCGUGUGGAAAGGUUUAACAGCACUGGCUGGCAUCUACCUCCUCUUCAUCAUUGAACACUGUAUCGGCAUGUUUAAACACUACAAAGACCAAGCGGGUAUGACAAAGGUGACUGUGGAAGGCAAGAUUGGCAGGAAGCUGUCAGAUCACAAGUUAAAUCGGCGCUCUGAUGCAGAAUGGCUCCACCUGAAGCCUUUGAAUGAAGAUCCUGACAGCACGACUGUUUCCUGUGACAACAGUCACAACAACACGCAGCUCACAGAGCUACAAACUCCCGACUCUCCGACCAACACAACGCCGCUGGCACCUGCGGAGGCAAGACAUACUCGCCAUCACUCACCCGUGAAGGAGAAUGGACACAAGGCCAAGAAACACAGACACAGGCACUCACACGGCCACGCCCAUGGUGGGAACUGCCACUCAGACCAGGAAAUGAAGGACGCUGGGAUAGCCAGCAUCGCCUGGAUGGUCAUCAUGGGUGACGGCAUGCAUAAUUUCAGUGACGGUUUAGCCAUAGGUGCAGCAUUCAGUGCAAACCUGACAGGAGGCAUCAGUACGUCAGUGGCUGUUUUCUGCCAUGAGUUACCUCAUGAACUUGGUGACUUUGCAGUGCUGCUGAAAGCAGGAAUGUCGGUGAAGCAAGCCAUCGUCUACAACGUGCUGUCGGCCCUCAUGGCCUACGUCGGCAUGCUGAUCGGCACGGCGGUGGGCCAGUACACAUACAACGUCACCAACUGGAUUUUUGCCAUCACAGCGGGAAUGUUCCUCUAUGUUGCGCUGGUGGACAUGUUGCCUGAAAUGCUUCAUGGAGACAGUGAAGAUCACAAGCGCUGCCAGCUGGGACACUUCUUCCUGCAGAAUGUGGGCAUGCUGACUGGGUUCGGCAUCAUGCUGCUCAUCGCCAUUUUUGAAGACCGCAUUGUUUUUGAUUUUGGUUUUUAGUGGAUUUGGAGCAGCACUGGGAUUUUGGAAAGUUGUUCAGCGCUACUUGGUCUUCAUGUGCUUUGUUUCAUUCAAACUGUAGUGCCCUACAUGCAUCCAUUCCAAAUGUACAGUGGCAGCUUCUGCACCACAAUCUUGAUGGUGAUGUUUACAUUCUGCUCAUCUACACGUCUCCAUCAGUCUGCUGCUUCCUGCAAGUCCACAAAGACCUCCGGAAAGCCCUGUUCAUCCCCAAACAGCACCACCUCCCCUCUGAAGGGUGCAACAACAGUCAGCUGUGCGCUCAUUCAUGUAGAGAGGCACCUCAUCGCUUAUCUGUCAUCAGCAGUUGCUUGUGUCGCCAUCUUGCUGCUACGUCCGAGUACCAUCAGCCUCGCCUGUGUGAUGUGCUUCAUGUCAGCGUCUAACAUCAACACAUCGUCAAAGAUCCUGUGUUUGCACCACCACCUUCUUAAACACACUGAUAGUGUAGCUCCCCCCCCCCGUCAGUGUCAGAGAGGUGCAGCAGUGUCAACCCGUCAACACGGUGUGUAGUGCCCAGUAUAAACUGUUCCCGUGACUCCACAUGGAGCGUUGCUCCUCAGUAGCUCAGUGUUACUUUUGCUGCAGUUUUCUCCUCUAAUUAUUGCCAGAAUUCUGUUUUAUUAUCUCGUCUGAUCUGUGGGAAUAUUAAACCCGUGUCCUUUUAUGGUGUUAAGUGACACAGCUGCCAAAGCAUUUGAGCAGUUAGCAUUGAAAGCUAAUUGAACUCACCUUGGUUGCUGGUAAAUAUCAGAAUCAUCUGACCACGUGGUAAACGGUUUAACUGUCACCAAACAAGUCAUAUCCUUGUUAGGCAUUUAUAUUUUUAUCUUACUUUGUAUGCAUCAGCAUUUUGGAAAAUGUGAAUUCUGAUUUAAGAUAUUUGUCAGGAUGCCUUGUCAAAGAAAAGGUGCUUUGUCCAAUCAGACCGGCCUGCUGUGGACGUUGGCUUUCCGUAAACUACUCUGUUGUCACACAGUGCAAACACUGUUGUACUGUAAAUAAAAUAUUUAAGGUGUCAGUAGCUCAUGAGCUGGAAGCUUUGCCCCCUGCCAAUCAUCCUGCUAAAGCAUUAUGGGAAUUCUCAUGUCAAAGAUUCCAGUCGAUUGUAUGUCCUGACAUUCCGAGACAAACCAAGCAGAACAAUCCUCUCGAUACUUUCUAACGUAGAUGUUGCUUGCACUCGUAAUGGAUGUUUAGUCACAAAGCAAAGAUUGCCAAUUUGUUUUUUAUUAUAAAUAUUCCUUUUUUAAUGGUCACUUUGCUGACUGUGCCAAAAGUAGCCAUAGUGUAGAUUUGACUCUUCCUUUGAUUAAACUGUAGUUAGAGCGCGAUUCCACCUGGCUGUUGUUUGACCAACAUGUUAAGGUGGUGAGUCCGGCUUCACGCCGGCGCGCACAGGUACAUGUGACUUCAUGUCGCGUCACUGUGUGAUAUCCAUCCUCUCUGCCCGCACCGCGUGCAAAUCAUCAGUCGUGCAAAAUGAAUGUAAUCGGCCUGAACAA